AUGGACUUCCGACCAUUAGAUCGCAUGCUUGAUACGGAUGAAUCGCUCAAAGACCAGCCAUAUCGCCCUUUCUACAACCUGUGGGCACCGAAACCCGUCUUGAUCCAUCAGGCCAACGAAUAUGACCGCGAUGCUUUUAUAGAGAGACCGUGGCUCGGAGUUCUGCUAUUCGACAACAACGCUUCUGACGCCAGGGACCAUGCCGCAAAUGAAAGGACAUUCUUAUCGUGGCUGAGGCUGUCGGUGUACAUGGCUAUUGUCUCGGUUGCCAUCAUCUUGAACUUCCACCUGAAGUCAGAACUUACCGCUAUUGAACGAAGAAUAUCGCUUCCAUUCGGUAUUAUUUUCUGGAUCCUCUCGGUAGCUUGCCUGGGCUCUGGAUUGGCGAACUAUAUCAAGACAGUGACCAGAUACAGCCGACGCACGGCUUUGGUGCAAGCUGGAUGGAAGACGCAGACAGUAUUUACAGUGGUCGCGACAACUAUUGUAGCGGCAUGCAUAUUAUUCCUAUCUACGAACGCGCAGACGCGUCGAUAG